AGAGAGUAAUGUGGACAGUUACCCUACCAUGGACGUAGGCCGGCUGGAGGGGAGCAAGAAGAUCCCUUCCAUCGACAUCCACCUCACUGCUCUGUUUGCCGCAGUUGAACAUGGACAUCUGGAGAAAGCCAAAACCAUUUUGGAAUCGACUGAUGUGGAUGUUAAUGGAGUUAAUAGUGAUGGAUUAUCACCUCUUGAUGUUGCUGUUCUCAGCAACAAUCGCUUACUCGCUAAAAUGCUCAUCGCAUUUGGUGCUCAAGAAGGGAAUGAAUUUUCAAGUGGUGAGAGUCUGCUGUGCCAUUUGAAAAACUUGAACUGCGAGGCAAACCAGCGAAUAUGUGAACUCUCAGGUCAAGAUGCCCGAAACCAUGGAUUAUGGCAGAGAAGGGCCAAGGGAAUAGGGAACAUGAUCUCGGGCUUUACACAAGCACGGCCACCUGAUAUCCCAUCACUAGUUGCUGUAGAUGUAACAGGGAGCCAUUCUGUUAACGUACGUUACCAAGAACCAGACAGUUCUGAUUCACCUGUUUGUACCAAAUACAAAAUUGAAUGGAGCACUGAGAGUGAAUUCCGAAAUCUAGCAGGUUUCCGAGUAAUAUUGGAUCCAAGGCAACAAGAGUGCCAGAUAGAUGAACUCACACAUGGUCAGAAAUAUUAUUUUAGAGUAAGCUGUGGCAACAUUCGUGGCUGGGGUCAUCCUAGACCUGCUACUCCUCAAUCUGUCAUACCAUCGAGCUGGAGGGACGUUGUGAAAAGAGAAGACAGGGUUUGUACUGAGGGACUGGCUCAGUUGGAUAAGUUGUUUAGCGAAGUGCGGACAGGAAGGCCUGACAUCAAAGCACUUCAAGAAACAUCAGCCGGUGAAAGGAGAAAGAAAACUACCAUCAAGCAAUUGUUCACAGCUGCCUCAAAGUUCCAAAAACACCUUCGAAGAGGUGUAUAUCUUUCAUGUUUGUUAUACAAUGAAGACAAAGUAUUACUAACCAACGAAGACUUCCUUCCAGUUAUAGAGGUUGAUGAAACUUAUCCCGGUUCAAUUUACCAUGACUUUCAUUGGCUGUUAAAGAUCGCAUGCACGUGGGAUGACGUUAAAUGGUUGAGGCAAGAUAUGGAGAAGUCUUUAAGUUCACCAGGAGUACAUUUCAGAAUCAAGUUGCUGCAAGCAGCUACCGCCAUGCAAACUGCUUUAAGUGUCCAGGAUCUAGGACAGCUAUAUCAUAAGCCACUGAGAGAUGCAGAAGGCACAAUUGUAAUAUGCACUGUAAAUUAUGUGAGAUCUCCAAAAGCCGUAUCUGUCCUCAAUUCUCGGUGGAUACCACUUGGUAAACUCAAUAAAAGGACGCACAAUCUUGCCUCAGAAGCAAACCUAAGUGAUAUUCUUAUGGCUUCUAUUCCAGACCAAAUAACCUACCACCAAGUGAGCAGUAUUAAAUUGCCACGUGGACUGUACCUCGGAUAUUUAAAGAUGAGGAGUUGUGUCGACGUUUUACAGGUCUUGGUACCAGCUAAAGCACCAAAUGUUCCGCCACACUGCAAAAUAAGGGACAACCCUCACAUUACUGCAGAAGAAUGGGAAAGUUUAACAGUUCAUUACGAUAUGGGUGAGAAAUCGCAGAAUGAACAGCAGAAAACUUUUGUAGAGCAGGUUGCUGCCACUGUGAAUAGGUUGUUGACGUACAUGCAAGUGUCCAGUGACCAGGCUCAAAACCAUAGGUUAUAUGAUGCAGAAGUUGUAGAAGUCAGCCCUGAUGUGAGCCUACUCAUCGUAGCCCCACCACCGGAAUCAGCCUGCUCAGCGCCUGGCCAAGGAGAGAUUCUUUUACAACGACCUGAUCUCAUUCCUCUUCCUGUCCAGGUUUUUGAAAUGGUGCACUUGGGGACAUACCAUAAACAACUAGUUGCUCGAUAUUCAAGAUUAAGCUGUAUAAUUGAAUUGGAUACUGCAUUAGCACAGCACAGUCAUCGGGAGGCUUUCUCUAGUUCUGAAGUUAGCGCUGCAAAGGAAAGGCUAACGAGGCUAGAAGGACUCCAAGCUCAGAUAAAUGCUGCUUGGAAACAGGCAAGAUGGCUUUUAGACGUCCUUGCUUUUGCUAGAGAUAAAGGAAGUCAAACACCAACGAAUAUAAUUAGGCAUUUACUUUCACUUCAUCCAAAGAGAUCACAUGACAGCAUAGGAUCUCACAAUGGCUUGCUCUUGCCACCUGACACAACAAAAGCAGUAAAGUCUAGAGGAUCUUGGCCAGGACCUGGAGUUAGCAGACUGUUAGGAGCAGCGACGACAGAAUUGUCAAGAAGUGAGCAUCAGUUGAGCUGUUCUGGAACAAGCACUCCACCGCCAAUCCUGCGGCUACCACCUCCCAAACCUCUCUCACCUCCAGCACUUUUAUUAGAGCAACCUAGAUUGCCGCCUUCUAAAUCGGAGGACACAUUAGCUUUGCACACAAGGGUUAUGGCUGCACAUUCCAGGAAUCGGACUAGUACAUCUGCAACUACUUCUCCCCUCCUCUCUAUACGACCGGGGUAUGGAAGUGGAAGUCUUUAUUCACUGUCCUCAGAUGACUCUGGGGUGAUCAGCAAGAGCAAGAGUGAAGGAGAAGAAGGAGCGACAGUCCCAGCGCCAUCUCCUGGGAUCCUCCAGGUUUAUGCAGCUUAUGAGACCGGACUUGCUGCAGGAACAAGUCUCAAGAUCCACGUCAGCCCUCGUACUACUGCGAGAGAAGUCGUGGACCUAGUUGUAAAGCAGCUCAACAUGGCAGUGGUUCUAAAAGGGAAGGAAGGGCCUAUCUAUUCUUCCGAACAGCUGCCCAAUUUUUGCCUCGUGGCCGUCAUCGGUGCGAGGGAACGCUGUCUUCGUGAUGACUUCAAACCUCUCCAGCUGCAAAACCCCUGGAAGAAAGGGCGCCUGUAUGUGAGGCAGAAGCAUGACGUCCUCGCCGCUCUAGAGCAGAGUUCGAGGCAUUCGGCCUACUUAUAGUCAAAUCAACGACACUCCUUAAACGUUUAUCCUGUGUUAUUUUUGUCCUCUUCUAUCGGCCACUGACACAGUACUUUCUUCGAAUCUUAUUUACAAAAAUUUAAAUUAAAUUAAUUGAUUAAAUAAUGUCUUAAUGGUUAAUAUCUGUAAUAAAUAAAAAACUAUAUUAAUUUAUCCUACACCUUCAAUUUGGAUUUAAAAUUUUAAUAACAUAUGUUUGAACAAUUCUUCCGACAAAUACAGAGCUUUUUGAUGAUUCGAAAGAAGUACAGCAAUGCAGUGAACAAACCCUAUUUUCUUGUUUUAAUUAAGAGACUGCUCCCAACUUAAUAAUAUAAGUGGUAUAAAUAAGACUGUCUGAUGGCUAUUAAUUUGUUGGAUAAUUUUACUCUAAAUGGUAAAAAAGAUGGCUGAAGAAAGUUGUCUAAACACCAACGUAUCUAUAUGUAUACAUAAUAAAAUGAUAGUUCUAAUGUUUAUAGAGUACCGUGAAUUGCUUCGUUUUGAUCGAUAUUGUUAACUGACCAUUCCAAUUUCAAGACUUCUUAUUCUUCGUUAAAUUUAAUUUUAUAUUUUCAAAAUCAAUGACAAUUCUUCUGGACAUGACAGUUUUUAAUUUCUUUUUUUUUUUAAAUUGAAAAAGUUCUGUCGUUACAUGAGUCACCGUCCAAUAAGUUUUGCUGACUAAAGAUCUCUAAAGGGACUAUAAUUUGGAAAAUCUUCCUCCUGAAAAUACUUCAUUAGGAUAGAUUGUAUUUGAUUAGUUUUUGUGCUUUAGAACAAUGCAAUUAUAGUUAUAUGUAUAUAUAAUAUAUAUUAUAUAUAUAUAUAUAUUUAUGUAGUGACACUAUCGGCUGUUAACUAGUUUUUAAGGUCUUUGCAUAACGGUAGGUGAUCCAAUCAUCUCAUCAGUUGAGGAUUUGAUUUUUUAAAAUUGUUUUAUUUUAAGUGCAAUACAGUUGCCAUUUGUAAUUAAUUUAAAGUGUUUUUUGUAUAUAGAAGUUAUAUUUUCUAUAGUAUAUUAUAUAAUAUGGCAUUAUAAAGAGUAAAUGUAUAUAUAAUUUGGUUUGAAAUUAUUUUGAAUUAAAGAAAAAAAAAUAAGAGUAAUAUAUUUAUCUCUGAUAGUUAUUUCAGACACACCUUAUUUGUAAGGGUCCAAUCUGUGAUGGAUAAAUACUAAAUGAUUAUAAUGCUCCUCAUUUCGUUGUUUCCCAACGAGAGCUAUCUGAUGAAAAUGUAUGUAUCUAUUGACGACAGGCCAACCAGAGCUUACAGCUUUGAUGUUUUCAAGUCAAAAAUUGCCCAAAUCUAUUAAUUGUAUUGUAUAUAUUGAAAAUAAAUGUUAUUUAUAAAAAUCA